AAAAGGAGCUCAGUUGUAUUCAGACUGAGGGUCAUAAAAUACUGGUGUUAGGAAUAGCUUGUGAUAGUAAAAGAUGCCUUGUCAGGAUGUUAAGCUUUCCGAAGAGACGUUCGUGAUGAACGUAAUACCGCUUCUCAAAGAGGGCAUCCUUUGCUUUAAUAAUAUUUCGGUCAUUAUAUUUACUAAUGAAGGCAACACGAAUAACAAAUACGAUGAGCUUCGCUCUUUAAUUAUUAAAGGGAAGGAUAAUUUUGUGCAAGCAGAACAAAGAGCUUCUGGUAUUUUAGCAAGUAUAGAUAAAGAGUAUGAGGAAUUAACUCAACAGAAAGGAAAACUGCAACGACAACAGGAUGAUAAGAAAACCGAAUACAAAAACCUACAAGACCAGCUUGCAAGUCAGCGGAACAUACUACUGGAGCGUCAGAGAUCAUUAGCGAAUGCAAAUACAUACUUACAAGCAACACAGGCAAAAGUUAAUGAGAUGCGGAGAAGAAUGGAGCACGAUGAAGCUGUGAGGAACGCUGGGAUCGGUCUGAUGUUCAUUCCGUUUGUUGGAACCAUAAUUGGAGCUACCCUGAUUGGGGUCUACCAGACAGAUCUGAACAACGCAACUGAUGCUAAAAAUCGGGCUCAAAGUGAAGUUCACAACUGGGAACGUGAAGUGGCAAGUAGUUCUCAAGGUGUUUCUGACUGUCAGACAAAGAUCAACCAGAAGACACAGGAGAUUUCUCAAGUUAACACCAGUGUGGAGGUGUUAGGAAGAACCAUAGAAGACGUGACAAAGCAGCGCUUUGUUAUAGCUGAUAUCCAAGAGAAGUUCAGGAACGCUGUCAGGGUUUUGACCAAUCUAGCUGGAAUAGCUAAAGUAGGUGAGAUACAGACCAGGAAGUUUAUUUUGUUUGAGCCCCUCAUGACAGUACUAGAGGAAAUCUUUAAAUGUGUUCUCCAAACGUCAGAGAAGAAGGGUCAACUCCAGUCUGUCGAAACAACUUUAAAACCAAUACAAAGUGCUUUUGAAGAGAAUGUGAGGAAAAUGAAAGCUUUGUGUGACAAAGGGAAUGAUUACUGGUAGGAAAUCAGUAAAACAUAUUUUCAUAAAUGAAAUGAAAGUCAAGAAAGUCAGAAUAUAUCUUUUACAAAAAAUACAUUUUUACUGUCAUGUAAAUUUCAUUUUAUUCAAAUCCUUUAACUAGAUUAAUUGCCAUAACAGUUGUUAGAUUAAUCACAUCGAGUUCUACCAUGUGCGUAAGUAGCUGUAUGCUUUUCUACUUAAGCACAUUCAGUCAUUGACUAGGGUUUGUGCACAUUAAGGCUGAUUAUACCAUCCUGUGCAUUCUAACUCUCACAAGCGCUUUCAAGCACAUUUCCAGCUAUGCGCUCUGGAGGACUGUAUGACGUUAAACGCCUCCAUGUGGCCAAAUAUAACACUGCAUUUCUUUGUACAAAAUCUGAAUAUGAACAAUAUGAAACGUUUUUUUUACAUUUAUCUUGAAAUAAAUGUUACCUUCCAAAAACA